AUGGUGGCACCUGUCGACCCUAUCAGCUUAACCAUCGGCGCAGUUGCUUUGGCCAGCCUCUUUUCCCUGUGUGUACAGUGCUUUGAUCUCAUCAAUGUAGCAAGUAAUCUUGGCACCGAUUAUGAGAUUUUGCUCGUCAAGCUCAGCAUUGAGAAACGCCGCCUGAUGAUAUGGGGUGAAGCUGUCGGCAUACUUCGGCCGGAUGAAGACCGCGAUCUACUGCUGGACGACCCAGAGACUCACGCAUUGGUUGAAAGGGUCCUUAUGAACAUUCAGAAAUUGUUUCAUGACGCUGAUGCUCUGAGAUCCAAAUAUGGCCUUGAGAAGGCCUCAGAAAAGCCAGCAAUACAGACAGCCACCGUUGAAGGAAGUAUAAUAUGUACCUCUGUAUUCGAAAACUCCUCAUUCGUUCAGUUUCAGAAGCGCGUUUCCGGCUAUCACCAGAAAGCUGGCCUGAUGAGCAAAACCCGAUGGGCCAUUCGCGACAAUGGCAAGUUCAGCAAGCUGAUUACUAACCUGAAAGACCUGGUCGAUGGGCUUGACCAAAUCACUACAUCAGCCAGGACGAGUAUUCUGAAGGGACGUCUGGUCCGCCAGGAGACGGAAUCUAUUCCAGAUCUGCGCACGCUGAAGAUUAUCGAAGAGAAUUGUUCGGAUGCAGACUGGAAGAGCUAUGCUAGUGCUGCCAGCGAAUAUCUAAACACCCUGGGGUCUAUGCACCCUUCGAAGCGCAAAUACAUCCAUGAGUGGAUGGAGAUUGACCAAGACCAGCAAACCAGCUCUGCGAUGCAGGCGACAACGAGACCAGAAUCCUGGAGACGCCCUGAUGAUUCGAGACCCCAGGAACAGGAAGCAAGUCCGGUCUCAUCACCUUACGGCCAAGAGCGGUUUGAAAGCAUGACUGAGAGCAGGAACCAGAAAUCUCUCAUCUUACAGACUUUAAAUCGCCCUAAUGACGGUCCUGCCUCUACAGAGGUCCUUGUCAUGUGCAGUACAACAACACUAGUCGCUUGGAUUCCAUCAAUGAAAAAGCACUUCCAUCCUAUUUACAGUAUCCCUCAAACGACGAGAGCAAAUCACAUAACCUACUCCCGAGUAAUGAGAGCAAUCAAACCACAUACCGAUCCACGUACCUGCAUCGCCAUUUAUUGUCCCCCGCGCAUGCGAUAUAUCCAUAUGGCCUUCCGCUUUCUCGGACUUGACGCACCAACGUCGUUUGGGUAUCGAUGUCAAAUCCGCAUAGAUGACCGAUUGCUGGACAAAACAACCUCCUUUGUCGGCAUCACAGAGAGAAUGGGUGGAUACUACCGAGAACUUGAAGAUGCAGCCGACAGCGAAGAUCCGAAGGUGCAAAGUUUUUUAAACGCAAUCGACCUAAAUUGGCUGGCGCAGAGAAUCGAUUGUCUGACGCUGCCAUCUUAUCAACCUCUUUCGCAAACACUUAAUUGGUCCACUAUAUUUCGCCAAAGUAAAGACGAUCCGUAUUGUGUAGGGAUCAUCGUCAUGGCCGGGCAAGAGACUUGCCGAACGCUGUUCCACACGCCGCCGGUGACACCGCCUGACAGUUUCAGAGGAGAGGGCAGGGUGUACCGUCUCCGAGAACUGCAAGGUGUCAACGACCAAUCGAAAUUCAGAUGGAAAGCUGAACACUACUGUAACAUCGCCGAGGACAAGGAUUUUGACGAAAUUCCCUAG